CACUUAUGAUCAGUGUGCCUUGAUGAUCAGUGUAGCCCCAGCAGUGCCACCUGUCAGUGUCCAUCAGUGCCAUGUGUCAGUGCUCAUCCAUGCAAUCUGCCAGUGCCCAUCAGUGCCACAUUUCAGUGCACAUCUGAGCUGCCUUUCAGUGUCACCCAUCAGUGCCAUGUCCAUCAGUGCCAUGUUGGUGCCGCCUAUCAGUGCCAUAUAUCAGUGCUGCCUUUCAGUGCCCAUCAGUGAUGCCUAUCAAUGCCCAUCAGUGCCACCUACCAGUGCCUCCUCAUCAGUGCCACCUAUCAGUGUCCAUCAGUGCAGCCUAUCAAUGCCCAUCACUGCAGCCUCAUUAGCGCACAUCAGUGAAGGAGAAAAAUCACUUAUUUACAAAACUUUAUAA